AAGCUGGUGCUGGUAUCUGUGAAAGAUCUGUGACAUGAAGGCCAGGGUUGCCUGCAUCAGUUCCUGUGCCUGCCCCUGCUCUGGGCCAUACUACUGGCUGGCCGUGUUCCAGCAGCACCCAGCAGGCUCAGCAGGUCCAGGGGCGUGGCACUGCCCAGUGUGGAGCCGGCCCACACCUACUCAUCCGGCAGACUCAAGCCCCAGGCAGCAGAGCCCUUUGGGACUGGGGAGGCUGUGCUUUUCGGCAGAAGCCUGCUGCGAGAGUGAGGCUAUGAUUGCCCUCCUGUACUUGGUUCUCCCCGCCCUGGGCAGCUAUGUGGUGCUAUCCACGAUCUUCCUGCGCCGACCCCAUCUGCUACACACACCCAGGGCUCCAGCCUUCCCCAUCCGCCUGGCUGCUCACCGAGGAGGGUCUGGAGAGAGACUGGAGAACACCAUGGAGGCUGUAAGGAACUCCAUAGCCCAGCGAGCAGAUCUCUUGGAAUUUGACUGCCAGCUCACACGAGAUGGCGUGGUGGUAGUGUCACACGACAGGAACCUGUCACGCCAGUCAGGCCUAAAUAAGGAUAUAGACACCCUGGACUUUGAGGAACUGCCCCUCUACAAGCAAGAACUGGAGAUUUACUUUUCACCAGGCCAUUUUGCUCACGGGUCUGACAGGCACAUGAUUAGCUUGGAGGAUGUAUUCCAGAAAUUUCCAAGGAUUCCUGUGUGCGUGGAGAUCAAAGAAAAAAACGAAGAGCUCAUUCAUAAGGUAUCCAGUCUGGCUAAGCGCUACAACCGAACAGAAAUUACUAUCUGGGUUUCAGAGAAGAGCUCAAUCAUGAAGAGGUGCAAGGCUGCUAACCCUGAGAUGCCCACGUCCUUCACGAUCUGGCGGUCAUUCUGGAUACUGGUGCUCUACUACCUGGGGUUGCUGCCUUUUGUCUCCAUCCCGGAGAAGUUUUUCUUCUCACCCCUGCCCACCAUCAUCAACAGGACUUACUUCCCGUUUUCCUGCAGAUGCCUGAACAAACUGUCAGCUGUGGUUUUAAAAUGGAUCAUCAUGCGGAGGAGUCUCAUCCGAUACUUGCAGGCCCGAGGGGUGCAGGUGCUAUUUUGGUGCCUUAAUGAAGAAUCGGACUUUGAAGUGGCCUUCAGCUUGGGAGUGGAUGGUGUUAUGACCGAUUUCCCCACUGCCCUGAGACAAUACCUGGACAAACAGGAACUAAAAGUCCCUCCCUCCUCAGUCUGAGCUCUGACCUGUCUCUUUAAAAAAAA